AUGUAUAUAUCAAAGUCUCCUUGGCUUCUACUUGCAUUAAUAUCUACAUGUGCUGCCCAUGGCUGCAAAAAAAUAUGCGUUCUUGACAACUUGGAGUGUGUGACUAGAGGAGGAUUUGACGUUUAUAAGAACGUUGUAAAGGGAGUAAAAGGCUUAUUAAAACCCAUUGACCCACUAUAUAUAAAUGAAAUCGACGGAGUUAUAGAAUCAGUAAAAUAUAAAUUAACCAACAUCACAAUGAAGGGUUUGAAAGACUGUACAGUCACGAAAUUAAAAUUAAACGUGACUGAUUCUACCUUCAAACAAUAUCUAAGCUGUCCUAAAUUAAUGUCACAUUUCCACUUCAAAGCCGAUGAAAAUUCGAAUUCUCCAGCACUUCGUUUAAAGUAUUAUGCUACAAUAACUGCUUAUGAUUACGAUAUACUAAAUCUGGGAAAAUAUUCUGUAUUUGUGAAGGCCCAUGAAAACAGGCCGCAUUUUUUUAUAUUGAAUCAUCAAACAAAAACUCAUAUUAAAGGGAAACUAGUAUUUGAACUAUCCGAUGGUUGUGUAAUGGACAGCCGUAUAGCUAAUGAAACUGAAACGUACAUGAACCAACAUUGGAAGGAGACAGAACAUUCUCUACAUUCAUAUAUUGUCAAGAAAGCCAUGGACAUAUUAAUAAAUAAUAUUGACAUCUACAUUAGGGCAUAUGACAUGGGCGAAGUACUUCCUCUGCAUAAACCACUAAUUACAAAAAAAUGGUGGCUGGUACACUAA